AUGGCAGGGCCAGGCGAGAAGCCGUCGUCCACCUCCGCCAACGGCAAUGGCACGCAAGCCCCGCCGCCUCCGGCCGCUCCCGGCGGCUCCGGUAUAGCCAAAAGGCUUCCCCGUCUUGCAUUCAUGUUCCUGCUUGCGGUUCUGUACCGUCAGCUUCAGGCUCCGCCUCCAAAAAUCUGCGGAUCCCCGGACGGCCCUCCGGUGACCGGGACAAGGAUCAGGCUCAGUGACGGCAGGCACUUGGCUUACCAUGAGUCCGGUGUCCCGAAGGAACAAGCCAACCAUAAGAUCAUCUUCGUCCAUGGAUUCGACUCAUGCAGAUACGAUGCCCUGCGAGUAUCACCCGAGCUGGCGCAGGAGCUCGGGAUCUACAUUCUGUCCUUCGAUCGACCUGGAUACGGCGAGAGUGACCCGCAUCCUGCGAGGACCGAGAAGAGCAUCGCCCUCGACAUCGCGGAGCUAGCUGACAGCCUGCAUCUCGGGUCCAGGUUCUACCUCGUCGGGUUCUCCAUGGGCGGCGAGAUCAUGUGGAGCUGCCUCAAGCACAUCCCCCACCGGCUUGCUGGGGUGUCUAUCCUCGGCCCCGUGGGCAACUACUGGUGGUCGGGCUUCCCGUCGAACGUGUCGUGGGACGCGUGGUACCAGCAGACUCCUCAGGACCAAUGGGCCGUCCGCGUUGCGCACCACGCGCCCUGGCUCGCCUACUGGUGGAACACCCAGAAGCUCUUCCCGGCCUCCAGCGUCAUCUCCUUCAACCCCGCCAUCUUCUCCACAGAAGACAUGGCCAUGAUCCCCAAGUUCGCAUCUCGACCUUGCUCGAGCAAGGCGAGGCAGCAGGGGGAGCACGAGAGCCUGCACCGGGACAUGACCGUCGGGUUCGGGAAGUGGGGCUGGAGCCCGCUGGAGAUGGAGAACCCGUUCCCGGGCGACGAGGCGGAUGUGCACCUGUGGCACGGCGCGGAGGACCUCAUCGUGCCCGUUAGCCUGUCGCGGCACAUCGCGGAGAGGCUGCCAUGGGUGCGCUACCACGAGCUGCCCACGGCCGGGCACCUCUUCCCCGUCGCCGACGGCAUGGGGGAUGUCAUCCUCAGGACGAUGCUGCUCGGGGAAAACUGA